AGACGGGGAGGGUGGAGUCCCUUGCUUUCAAACCCAGUCGCUAUAUAAAGUUGACAUCCCCCAGCCCCCCGGGAGACACUUUACCCUAAAGGCGGACUGUCAUUCCGGACACUCGAGCAACAUGCCAGCCAAGCCUGUCAUCAAGAAGGCGCCGCUGAAGAAGGCGCCGGCGAAGAAGGCAGCGCCGGCACCUGCUCCGGAGCCUGCGCCCGAGCCCGCACCUGCCGAGGCUCCUCCGGCCGAAGCCCCUCCCGCGGAAGCCGCGCCCGCAGAAGCCGCUCCAGCCGAGGUUGCUCCCGCGGAAGCCGCGCCCGCAGAAGCCGCUCCAGCCGCCGAGGACGCUCCUGCGGCUGAUGCUGCUCCGCCGGCAGAAAGUGCUCCUCCCGCGGAAGCGGCUCCUGCCGACGCUGCUGCGGCUCCACCCCCUCCUACAGAACCAGCUCCUCCAGAAGCUGAUGCCGCUGCCGCUCCGGCUGCUGAAGAGGUCGCUGCUCCCGCGCCCGCGGAACCAGAGAAACCAGCUGACGUCCCCGAGGCUCCCUCUGCUGAAGCAGCCAGUGCCGCCCCGCCUGCCGUCCCCGCGCCAGAGGCACCGGCUGAAGCCGAGGCCGCCGCUGAACCCGCAGAAAAGCCUGCUGCUCCUGCUGCUGCAGAAGGCGAGACUCCAGCCGAGGCACCAGCUGCUGCUCCUGAAGUACCUGCUCCACCGGCCGCUGCUAAGGGCAAGGCGCCAGCCAAGGCCGUAGCACCCGCUGCGAAGGAACCUGCUGCCGUUGUCGUGCCUGAGGCUCCCGCUGAGGCCGCUGCUGCUCCUGAAGCACCUGCUCCACCGGCCGCUGGUAAGGGCAAGGCACCGGCCAAGGGUAAGGGAAAGGCACCAGCCGCUGCUAAGACCAAGGCACCAGCCAAGGGCAAGGCACCAGCCAAGGCCGUAGCGCCCGCUGCCGAGGAACCUGCUGCCGUUGCCGCACCUGAGGCUCCAGCUGAGGCCGCUGACGCUGCUGCCGCUGCUGCUCCUGCUGCUCCUGCUGCUCAGCCCCCCGCUGAGGACGCCGCUGCCCCUGCCGCCCCGGAAGCCCCAGCUGAUGCUGCAGCUGCUGCCGCACCGCCAGCCGAAGAGCCCAAAGCGCCUACGCCGCCACCUCCGGAACCGGAAGUGCCCACCAGCGAGCCUCUUAAUGUGUCUGUGGAGGAUGUCAACGAUACCUCAGUCACAAUCAAAUGGAGACCCCCGGAGAAAAUUGGCUCUGGCCUUGAUGGAUACGUAGUGGAGUACUGCAAAGACCAAACGACUGACUGGAUUGUUGCAAACGCUGAGCCCACACCAGCCAACCGCUUGGUGAUCAAAGACAUGGCCACCGGGGACCUCCUGCACAUCCGCGUAGUUACAGUCAACCCAGGAGGCCGCAGUGCCCCUGGGGCCCUAGCUGAGCCCGUGAUUGUGCGCGAAGUUGUGGAUCGCCCCAAGAUCCACCUUCCUCGUGUCCUGAAAUCGAGGCUCGUCAAGAAGGUCGGCGAAAAGGUCAACCUUGUCAUCCCCUUUUCUGGCAAACCAAAACCAGUGGUGAGCUGGACCAAGGACGGCCAGGCUCUGGACCCCAAGACCAUGAACAUCCGCAACAGCGACAAGGACAGCAUUCUAUUCAUCCGGCAGGUGGAUAGGAGCCACUCGGGCAUGUACGAGAUGUCCGUGAAGGUCGACAGCUUCGAGGACAAGGCCGCCAUCAUCCUACAGGUUGUCGAACUUCCAGGUCCCCCGACCAGCAUUAAGCUUGUGGACACCUGGGGCUUCAACGUGGCACUGGAGUGGACCCCACCCCAGGACAGUGGCAACACCGAAAUCACGGGGUACACCGUCCAGAAGGCGGACAAGAAAACCGGGGACUGGUUCACGGUGCUGGAGCACUUCCACCGACUCAACGGCACCGUAUCCGACCUCGUCAUGGGCAACACUUACUCCUUCAGAGUCUUCGCCGAGAACAAGGUCGGCCGCGGAGAGGAAGCAGCCGUCACCAAGGAGACGGCGCAGAUCCUGAAACAGGGAAUACACUAUCAGCCUGUCGAUUACAAGGAGCAUGACUUCACUGAAGCCCCCAAGUUCACCACUCCGCUGAGUGACAGAGCAGCCACCGUGGGCUACACCACCAAGCUCCUGUGUGCCGUCAGGGGCUAUCCAAAGCCCAAGGUCGAGUGGAUGAAGAACUCUAUGAUCAUCGGCGAGGACCCCAAGUACAGGAUGAUCAACAGCCAGGGGAUCUGCACCCUGGAGAUCCGCAAGCCCUCCUGCUUCGACGGCGGCGUGUACACCUGCCGGGCGAAGAACUCCAUCGGGGAGGCCGCCGUGGCCUGCAAGCUGGAGGUCAAACAGGUUGUGAACCCAGCAGCCGAAAAGAAGGAGUAGAAGACCCGCACGCCCACAGCUGAGCAAAUCCUGGAUGUCCAGAUGUGUAGUGUUUGAAAGCGAUGGCUGAGAGGAGUCAUGUAUAUAAAAGAAGAUGACCUUGCAAGAUUUGACGUUCCCAUGAAUUUGCUGUAUCCAUCUAGCUACCUAAUUGCCUCCUAACGUUCGGGAGAGCGUUGUAGAUAAAGCGUCUAACUGUGCCAGAAAUGGGUCAGAUGCAGCAGCGGUUUAUGUGGUAGAACUUGUAUUUCUUUUUCUGUGUUUUCCGAUUGUUCUACAUUGCCACUUUGAACAGGUCCACCCUCAGUAAGUGGGUGAGCACGCAGGAGUGUGAUGUGUACUAUCUGUAUGAAAGACACCGUGUCCUUGUCUUGCAAUAAAUAUUGUGGUUUAAAUCCCA